AUGCACUCUUGGUCCUCCUCCAGGAGCAAGUCGUCGACGCCGGACCCGCUCAUCGACGCCGCCGUUUACAAAGAGGCUCUCGACGAGGCGCCCGACCAAACUGGUCGCCUUGCAGUCGUCACGGGAGCAAACUCUGGGCUCGGCUUCUGGCUGGCUCGCUCGCUAGCGCUGAAGGGCGCCAGAGUCAUAUUAGCGUGCCGCAACGCGGAGCGUGCAACAAGCGCACGGGACCGGAUCGCGGCGGACCUCAAGUCGAAGGGCGCCGCCGCCAGCCUCGCUUGUGAGGAGCUCGACCUCGCCUCGCUCGCCUCGGUGCGCCGGUUUGCUUCGAGGCUCCGCCGACAGGAGUCGUCUCUCGACCUGCUCGUGUGCAACGCGGGCAUCCUCGGCGGCGGUGCCUCGGCCGAGCUCACCGAGGACGGCUGGCCGCUCGAGUUUCAGGUCAAUCACCUCGGCCACUUUCUCCUCUGUGCCGAGCUCUGGCCGCUGCUCCGCAACACUCAGGGUGCGAGGGUCGUGGUGCACUCGUCGCUCGGCCACGCCGCCGGGUACUUUGAGGACGAGACGCCGCACCGCGCGUCCUGCCGCUACCUCCUUCCCCUCCCAUACGGCGCCUGGCGCCGCUACGCCGCCUCCAAGCUCGCUCAGAUGCUCUUUGCCAGCAGCGCGGCUCGCAACCCGUUCUUGCGCUGCUGGGUGGACUACGCUUCGGGGCUCGCGCACUCUGUGCCCGAUGCGAGCGCGCCCCUCCUCGUCGCCGCCACGAGCCCCGGCGCCCGAAGCGGCGACUACUACGGCCCUCGCCACAACCCUUUCGGCUUCCACGACCUCGGGCUGCGCGGCCCGCCGGCAAAGGUGCGGCCGUGGGGCUUCGCGGCGGACGCUGCAAAGGCGGCCGUGCUCUGGGAGUUUUCGGAGCGGGCGUGCGGCAUCUCGUUUAGCCCUGAGGCAAACUAGCACAGCUUAGGCCUAGUGGAUGCAGGCCAGAGAGAGCAGUUUAAAACGAGGCGGGUACUCACCCCGCCCUGCUGUUGUUCGACUCUCGGAACUUGAAGACAGAGUACAUGAUGCCGCCGAGCGUGUUGAUGAGGACGCCUGCGAGCCCAAACCACUGCAGCCGCACGCGCCCGAAGAGCCAGAAGCCGAGCAGCGUCGUCGUGACAGCCUUCAGGUUGCCGACGAUGAGCGUGGUCACGGCGCUCGUCACAAGCGUGCACCAAAAGAGCAGCAGCUGGAGCGACGCGCCGAUGGCCAGCGUGAGGGCGAGCGUCGCGCCAAAGGCAGGCUCGCGCCAGUGGUCGUACGCAGCCAGCCUCGAGGCCUCGCCGAGGAGCACGGCCGGCGCGACGAGAAGCGGCAGGGCGAGGAGCGAGGAGUAGUAGAGCAGCCCCUGGGCACCCAGGGCGAGCUCGUCGUCAGCGCGAGCUGCGAGGACGAGGUAGAGGGCCUGCAGCACGCACGACGCCGCCGCGAGGAGGUAGCCGAGCACGUUGCGGUCGAGGUCGCCGCAGCCAGCGACAAAGGCGCCCGCACACACGGUGAGGACGGACACGCGGAUCCGCAAGCUGAAGGCCUUGCGGCGCAACAGGGCAUCCAGCAGCAUGGCCGGCAGGGGCGACAUGCGCUUAAGCGUCUGAUAGAUCGGCACGGACGAAAGCUUCAGCGCCCACAUGCC